AUGGGUGAUGGUUUCAUAGAAAAUGAGAUCAGUUACGUUACUAAAAGCUGUGACUGUAAGGGUCUGCUUCCUGCCAUGCAACGCAGCUUCUGGUCUGAAGAGAUCUUAUUUAGUAACUACAUACAGUAUGUGGCUGAAGAAACCCACCAUAACAUUUCUAUGUGCUUUGCUAUAAAAACUGUAGGGGCUUGGGAACUGGAAUGGAUUUUUAUACUAAGUCUUUACAGUAUUGAUCCUAGAAAGAGUUGCUUGAUUCUUGUGGAGCAUUUACAAGGAAAAUGUACAUUCUCUGCCAAAUGA